AGGGGUCGGAGCAGGUGGUGCACCUCCAAGGUGACCCCCACCUCCGGGGUGCCAUAAGAACUGAGUGUUAGAUUUUAAACGGGAGAGGAGCUACGAGAUCGUCUCUCUUCCUCCUUCUGCUGCUGGGAAAGUUUGGGCGCAUCAGGAAUUCAGACAACUUUCUGCCUCGGACACUUGCAAUUCCCCGGGGCUCCCUGCACCCCCUUCUAGUGCUCGCCUCCCCAAGCCUUCACGGGCUCCAGCCCGCAGUGGGAGGGGGGGAGGAGUUCCCUCGCCCGCGAGAAGCUGCUCGCAGGCACUCCCGGGGGAGCUAGGAAAUGCGGCGGCAAUCCCCUUGACCCUGCCCCGGGGCUGACCCUGCCCCGCGCGCGCACACACACACACACCCACACACACUCACACACCCUCUUGCACACUGCGCAUGCUCCUAGGCUGGACAGCUCCUGAGAGGGAAAUUUGAAAACGGUUGGGAGGCGGCGGAGCUAGCAAAGCCGGGUCUGCAGCAGCGGGCGGGCGGCCGGCCGAGAGCGGAGGGCGACCCCCUUAGAGGUCACGGAGGCGCAGCCGCAGCCGCAGCCGCCCCCAGCUCGCCAUCAGGAGAUGAUAGAAAGUGACAUCACGACCAUAAUGUCAGGAAUCAUUAGAAAUUCUGGGCACAAUCUCCAUCCUUCUCCCCAGGAAUACAGGCUCCUGGCCUCGGAAUCGUCCCGGGCGGCGGAGGACGAGCUGCCCGGCGACCUGCAGUCUCUGUCCUGGCUGACGGCGGUGGACGUGCCGCGGCUGCAGCAGAUGGCCAGCAGCCGGAUGGACUUCGGCGGCCCCGGGGCGGUGCUGCCCCCUACAGGUCCUGUGCUCGCAGCCGGUGCCCCGGGCACCAUCGGCCACGUGCCCGCCCAGGGGAUCCUGGGGCUCAGCAGCAUCGGGCCCCACGCAGCCAGCAUGAGCCAGUACCCCCUGGGGGGCCAGGACCCGCCCCAGCUCUACCAGGCGCCCCCACAGCCGCCAUUCACUCUGACCCAGGGCCCGCCCCAGUGCGCCCCUGCAGGCAUGUACAGUGUCUCCUUCGGGGCUCCGUUCCCCCAGCCCCGCAUCCCCUCGCACUCGGCUCAGGACCUGCACCCCAAGCACUACCCCAAGCCCAUCUACUCGUACAGCUGCCUCAUCGCCAUGGCCUUAAAGAACAGCAAGACGGGCAGCCUGCCGGUCAGCGAGAUCUACAGCUUCAUGAAGGAGCACUUCCCCUACUUCAAGACGGCCCCCGACGGCUGGAAGAACUCGGUGCGGCACAACCUGUCCCUGAACAAGUGCUUCGAGAAGGUGGAGAACAAGGCGAGCGGCUCGUCGCGCAAGGGCUGCCUGUGGGCGCUGAACCUGGCGCGCAUCGACAAGAUGGAGGAGGAGAUGCACAAGUGGAAGAGGAAGGACCUGGCCGCCAUCCACCGCAGCAUGGCCAACCCGGAGGAGUUAGACAAGCUGAUCAGCGACCGGCCGGAGAGCUGCCGCCGCCCGGGGGAGCCCGGGGAGCCGGACGUGCCGGCGCUGGGCCGCGUGGUGGCCGCCUCACGCCUGCCGCCGCCGGUGAUGACGCUGUCGCUGCAGCCCCUCCCCCUGCAGCACCAGCUCCAGCCCCGCGCGGGCCUGGCCCCCGGCUCGCCGGCGCCGGCCCAGACCCCCCCGCUGCACGCCCUGCCCGACGUGAGCUGCAGCCCCCUCCCGGGCCACCAGGCCGUGAGCCGGGGCCCCGCGGACUUCCUCAGCGUGGUGGGAGACCUGAGCGCCGAGGUGGACGCUUUGGACCCCAGCAUCGUGGACUUCGCCCUGCAGGGUAACAUCUGGGACGACAUGAAGGACGACAGCUUCAGCCUGGACACUCUCGGGGCCUUCAGCAACUCCCCCCUGCAGCUGUCCGACUGCGACCUGGCCGCCUCGGGACUCACCCCUGUGUCCAGCGGCAGCGACCAGUCCUUCUCCGACCUGCAGGUCACCAGCCUCUACGCCGCCUACGCGGCCUCCGGGGACGGCGGCCCUUCCUCCUCGGCCCAGUACCUGGGCGCCCCAGGCAAUAAGCCCAUCGCCCUGCUCUAAGGGGGCCGUGGCCGGCCUUGGGUGGCGGGGGGGGGGGGUCUGCGUGCAGGUGGAGUGGGGGAGCCUCUGGGCCUUGGAGCAAAUGCAGGGGGAACCCCACGAGCGCUGCCCCGCCAGAGCCCACGGCCAGCCCCCUCCCCCCCACGGCCCUUAGGAAGGUCCGGCGCCCUGGCCCAGAGAGACGAGUCCAUCUGCUUAAACCCAUGAACCUUUGCAUAGAACGUCUCCUAAGCGUGUUCUGGACCACUCGUGACCCCCAUCACGUGACAGGACAAGACGCCUUGGGUCAGGCUGCCUCCAUUCAUUCUGGAUCUCUGGCCUGCCUCCGUCGUCAGGCUCGCGGGACCUCCAGCCCCUCCGUGGUCCGGUGGACAUCCUUAAUUUAUUCUUCCUUGAAGCCUAACAAGCCCGGCUGAAACCACCCCAAGAAGCCUGAUGAAUGGAGGUGCUGCAUGGGCUGCUUAUCUUCCAUGGAGAUAAGAAAUCCCAUUGAUUCCCGUAGAGUAGGUCCCGGGGCUGUGCUAGGCAGUAUUACAGUUUGUAAAUUUAUUUAUAUUUAUUGCUACCCAUCGAGACCACAUCCCGGGAGCUGCACCCAAACCCGACCCUUAAAUGAUGGGUGAAUCAGAUCUUCGUUUGUCCCAUCACCGCAGCUUUCCUUUUGCAUGUACUUUGGAUGCUGUGAAACGUCUCCUUCUUGGUGACCAGAGCCCAUGUUAAAGCCACUGGACCCAGCACUUCCCCCCAGAUGAAUUUGUGGGAAGCUCCUUGUCCCCUUCUCGUCUUUUUCUAGCUGUUCAGUGAAAGGCUCCUUGGCAGCAGCUUCUAAUGACUGCAGACCCAACACGCCCCCAUCGCCUGCAUUGCUUUGCUCGUCCUUGUGUCCCUCAAUGAUGUUACGGUUCCCCUCCCUGGUUCUUCAUGUGACCCGUUCUGAAGGCGGUUUGGAUCGAGGGGUCCUGAAUUGGAGGGGGCCGGGGCAGUGAGAAAUGAUGAGGAAUCAUCGACCGCAAGAUACGUUCAAAAUGAAAUUUAGAAAGCAAUGGAAGCUUGGCCCGUGGUCCAAGGUUGGCCAACAAGAUGAUGGUUCCUCUCUUCCUCAUUUUUGCUUGGCCAGACCGUUUUGGAAGUCAUCCCCGGUGGGGGCUCAUAAGGAGGCUCUCCUUAGGUGUGCUAGGGGAUGAUUUUGUCUGAAGCCUACCUGAUGGCGGCAGCUUAGAUACUCCCUUUGGGCUCCCACAGAACACUCCAGAUGGCGUCAGUCACGUGUCUGAGUGGGCAGUGGCUCACGUCGGACAAGCAUUGAGGGACUCUUUCCUGUGACAUGGCCCAGAUCACUGACAAUAUUUUAAUUGUUGUUUAUGAUGAAUGUUUCUUAGGGCAACACUAAGCCUCUGUAAACAUAGUGUGAUAGAAUUUUUUCAAUAAAAGAGGAAAAAAAUGGUGAA